UGAACAGAAGACGAGUUCUGCAAUUGAUCUGUGCAACGUGUGAGUGAUUCACAGAGUAUGGAUAAAGAACAGAAUGAUGUAUCAGCAGUGGAGGAACCUAAGUACUAUCUCUGGAUAGGAGGUUAUCUGGUUGGAGGAAUUUUAAUACUUAUGCUACUAGUAAUAGUAGGGAUCAUAAUAUGGAAGCAUUUUAAAAAACAAAAUACAGUUGACGAGACAUGGGCAGGACCACCCCCACAGAGAAAUGACAGUGUCCAGGAAGAUGGAGGCUCUAAAAUGGAUGAAAGUAUACUAGGUAAUAUGCAACUGCCAUGCAUUGGCUCAUUUGAAAUACUACCUAAGGAACCCACAAUCUCACAGGACAGAUACUUAGGUGAAGAGACAAUUGAGAGAAAAGCAGCUGAUACAGCUGUGAUUAGCACAUCACCACCCAUCAGCCAAUUGUUUAAUGAACAUCCCACUGAAAAUGACUCAAGCAAAGAGACCUUUCCACCCCACAUCCUAAUGCCCCUACACAGUGAUCAUUUUGCUGCACCUGAUUUAGAAAGAUAUCCCUUGCCACCACCUCCUCUCCUGAAUCCCCUUCAGCAAGAUGAAGGAAGCACACAGGCGAAAUUAAACCCGCUUUAUGACAUUAAUAUUUCUCACAACAAUGAUACAUUUGAUGACCAACUUCUGCCACCACCUCCAGCAGAUUUCUUCUGACGUCGUUGGGCCAUAGAACUGUAAGGAUGUUAUACCAAAUCCAACCCUCACCAGGACUACUGAUUCUUUUAUGUUCCGUAUCAUCCGUUUUCUGCCUUUGCCCCUUGAAGUGUUCCUGCUACAUAAAAAACAGAAAUGUAGACUGUUCUGGCAGAAGCCUGACUGCACUGCCACAUGGACUUCAAGACAAUAUCACACACCUUAACUUGUCUUACAACAGCUUGUCUGAUUUAGAUCAUCAAUUGUCUCGAUUCACUAACUUAAGAUCCCUUGACCUUUCCCACAACUUGCUUAAGAACCUCCCUUCUCAUUUGCCCAGAUCUCUCUGGGAAGUGUAUGCUGCAAACAACAAUAUAAAAGUGCUUCAUAAACUGGACACUGCUUACCAGUGGAAUCUAAGGGUGCUAGAUGUCUCCAGGAACAGCCUGCAAAGGACAGUCUUCAUUAACAAUACACUGAUUAGUCUGCAGUCUCUGAAUUUAAGUAACAACCAACUCUGGACCGUUCCAACAAACAUGCCCAGCAACAUACUACUAAUUGAUUUGUCCUAUAACUCUUUAAUACAGAUCUUAUCGGGAACAUUUGUGAGAAUGCCCAAGCUUCAAACGCUGUACCUGCACAACAACAGAUUUGCUUAUAUCCCAAAUAAUGCUUUUGACCACCUGACUCAUGUAAAGAUUACCCUGUACAACAACCCAUGGUCCUGCGAAGACACACAGAGUAUCAACUAUUUGCUGAAGUGGGUGGAAGAGAAAAAUAAUAUCAUAGGCUAUCCAUGUGCCAAUGAAACAAAUGGACACAGUCCUAAGCAUCAUUCAACUACAGAUAAAGCACCAAAUAAGAUCACUAGUCAGGACAUACCAUUACAGACUACAAGUCAUAGUCUUUUCAUGGAAGCUCAAGAAUCUAAACUGCACAAGAAAAGAAAAUAUCCGGAGGUUCUAACUGCACCUCACUUCAACGCAACUGACAUUUUGCUUUCAAGUACAGAGAGCAAUCUAUUCAUAGAAGGCGGCUCUGGAAUGAUGCAUUUAGAUUUCAACAACUUUGGAAGAGAAAUGGACAAUCACCGAGACUCUAAUGAAAUAGAGGUAAUUGAAACAUAUGAUCACACUAUUAUGCUGAGCUCUGAUAAUACAGCACACAAUGGUCCAGAAGUGAUUGUACCAAGCACCCCUGUAUACGUAAUGAUACAAGCCACAACUAUAAUACUAAAUGAUCAUGCGCCUUCCACAGAAGCACAGAAAUGUAUGUGUAUUGCCAUUUCCCUUUUAUUACUCCUCCUUAUUCUUAGGACUGUGUAAAGGCAUGUUAUGAAUGUGGUGAAUGCUUCAGUUUUAUUAUCAACCUGAAUUAAAAUCCAGCUUUGCUUUAA